AUGCCAAGGCAGCCGCCGCCUUCGUCGGGCGUCGGCUCUCCCGAUACCUCGCGAAAAAUGGAAAAGGAACCCAGACGUCUGACCGAAAAGACCGAAAAGACCGAGAGCGACCCCUCCAGUCGCCGCCUCCUGGAGCAGUCGGCUCGGUACGCUCGAAUAGUGUUGCUCCUGAGCUUCCUAGGCAUCUACGCGCACGUCUCGCAGCUGAACCUCUCGCCGGUGUACGGAUCCCUUCCCGCCUCGAUAUGGCACUUCAAACUGCUCGCGGGGGGCUGCUUCGUCGGCUGGGCCGGCAGCGUGGUUCUGCGCGACCUGCUGCCCAUCCCGCCCGCACAAGCUCUCCCCAUCGUGGCAGUCUGCAUCCCCUGCCUCCAGCACUACCUCGGCUCUUGCAGCCAGCUUCUGGGGCCUCAAUGGGGCCCUGCUGCGACCGAGGGGCUCACCUUGUUUCCGCUGUGCGUCCUGACCGCUGCGUCGGUAGCUGAUGGCUGGGAGGGCGUGCGACUGACCAAGCUACCGACCUUUGUGGCUGAUGCGGGCCCGGGAGUUGCGUCCUGGGCGCUGUUGAGGUAUUUCGAGAGCCAGGCUGCGACGCGCUUGCCCCUCGUGGUGGGAAAGUUGCGCAUCUUGACGCGGCUCGGGUUCGAGAUGCUGCUGGCCCUGAUGUACAUUGCUCUCUUCCCGUCAAAGUACCUCGUGUACACGGCGUUCCCCCUGUUUCACACGCUGCUUCUCAACCCUCAUGUGCCGUCUCCCGCCGCUACCGAGAGCCUCGCCAGCGCGAUGCUGACAGACGGCUGGCUUCUCAUGGAAAGACGCGAGUCCGUCACGGGCUACCUCUCGGUGAUCCAGAACAUGAAGCAGGGUUUCAGGGUCAUGCGCUGCGAUCACAGUCUUUUGGGAGGGGAAUGGAUAAAUCACAGAGGAGGACCAGUCUCGGAACCAAUCUAUGGCGUUUUCGCCAUGCUAGAGGCGGUGAGGCUGGCCGAGAAUGCUCAAGCCGUCGCAGACGAGAAUGCCCAGGCUCUGGUCAUUGGUCUAGGGGUCGGGACAACCCCUUCGGCACUUGUGUCCCACGGCAUCAACACGACAGUGGUGGAAAUGGAUCCAGUCGUGCACGAGCUUGCGGCAAGGUACUUUGAUCUAAAGGAGAACAACCCGCCGGUGCUGCAGGAUGCCGUCCGUUACGUCCAAAGCCUGGCCAAGACAGCCCCGGCUACAUACGAUUACAUUAUUCACGAUGUCUUCACUGGCGGCGCAGAACCCGUCGACCUCUUCACCCUCGAGUUCUUCGAGGGGCUCCGCUCGCUCCUCAAGCCCGCGGGCACUGUUGCGAUUAACUACGCCGGCGAUCUCUCCCUCCCGGCGCCAAAGGUCAUCUACCGAACCAUCAAGCAAGUCUUUCCGACGUGCCGUGUGUUUCGCGAGACGCCCCCCGACGUGGAAGCAAUCAAGUCGAAUGGUGCAGACUUUACCAACAUGGUUGUUUUCUGCAAGAACUCGGUUGACAGCCCGCUCACCUUUCGCCGGCCAACGCCCAAAGACUACCUGGAGAGCUCGGCCAGACGGGAAUUCCUGCAGCUGACGAAUGAGGUGCCGGAGGCGGAGAUUCUCGGCGGAAACCAGGAGCUUGUGAGAAGGAACGGAACGGAAAAGGUGGCCAAGUGGAGCGUGAAGAGCGCAUUGGGCCAUUGGGCGCUGAUGAGGACUGCCGUUCCGGCCAAGGUGUGGGAGCGGUGGUGA